AUGUCCCCGGAGAUUGGCCAGCGACUCCUCGGAGGCCAGCAGGGUGGAGGCGGUCCCUUCAUGGGCCGCGACUUCAUGGGUCAGGGUGCCCCGCCCAUGUCCCAAGCGCUGAAGCAGAAGGUGGAUGCUGAGAUCAAGCGCAUUGUUGACGAGCAGUACAACCGUGGUAUGACGCUGCUGCGAGACAACAUGUACCUCCUGGAUGAACUUGCGAAGCAGCUCAUGGAGGAGGAGAAGGUUUCCGGAGAGCAGCUCAUGAAGCUCAUCAACAAGGCCGCAGCAGAGGGCAAGCUGGUCAUGGGCAACACGCAGAUGGCUGUCGCUGCCUACGUUGGCGAGGUGAUUGAGACCACCGCUGCGGAGGCUGCCUGA